AUGAGUGAAGGAAGCUAUUCCUCGGAUGCAGAGGCCUGUUCUAAGAAGCAAUCCCAGCAGGUGAACUGUGAAGAGACCAAUAUGGAGGAUUCGGACUCCAAUGAAGAGCCAGAAUGGCCCCCAAUGAGCAAAGUCGUGAUGAUUGUUUUGGCAAUAUAUCUGGCAGCUUUUCUAGUCGCUCUUGACCAGACAAUCAUCGCAGUCGCCAUUCCAAAGAUCACGGAUCAGUUCAAGAGUAUUUCCGAUAUCGCAUGGUAUGGUAGUGCCUACUUCUUGACUUCAACGGCAUUGCAGCCUUCAUACGGCAGAAUCUAUAAAAUUUUCAACGUCAAAUGGUCUUUCUUAGCUGCAGUUGGCAUCUUUGAGAUUGGAUCCCUCAUCUGCGGUGUAGCUCCCUCCAGUACGGUGUUGAUCGUUGGCCGCGCGAUUGCAGGAAUUGGCGUUGGGGGUAUCUUCUCCGGCGCUCUAGUGAUCAUCUCCAGAACUGUUCCCCUGGCAAAGAGACCACUCGUUUUUGGUGUGUAUGGCAUGGUGUGGGGUAUUGCGUCUAUUGUCGGUCCACUACUUGGCGGCGCGUUCACCGACGGUGCCUCUUGGAGAUGGUGUUUCUAUAUCAAUCUUCCCAUUGGUGGAGUUUCAAUGGUAGUUGUUCUCUUGGUACUUAGACUGCCAAGCGAUAACACGGUCGCCAGAUUGAGUAUCAUUGACCGGAUCAAGGACCUUGAUCUGAUCGGUGCGAGCUUGCUUAUCCCAGCUAUCAUUUGUUUAAUCCUUGCCUUGCAAUGGGGUGGUAAUACCUAUUCCUGGGGAAGCUCUCAAAUAAUCGGACUUUUUGUGGGAUUUGGUUUGCUGGCUAUCAUCUUUGCAGGGUUCCAGAUCUACCUGGACAAAAAAGACAAGGAAAAUGGAAAAUUGGAAAAGAGUGGAAGGGCAACUUUACCACCGUCGAUCCUGAAGCAGCGCACUAUCGGGUCCGCCGCGCUCUUCGCCUUUUUCUUCAGCGGCAGUUUCUUCGUUCUGGUCUACUACAUUCCGAUUUAUUUCCAGAGCGUCAAAGGAUCUUCUGCCAUGACUUCUGGACUUCAAGUUUUGCCAUUUAUGCUCGCCACCGUAGUGUCAUCUGUAGCCGUGGGCAUGCUGGUCACUGCGGUCGGCUAUUACACACCAUUCUUGAUCAUCAGCACUGCCAUUGGCGUCAUCGGUGCGGGGCUUAUGACAUUGUACAGCGUCGAUAUUUCUAAUGGAAAAUGGAUUGGAUACCAAAUUGUCGUUGGCGCAGGCAUUGGCGCUGGUCUUCAAGUCCCAAUGACGGCGGUGCAGACUGUUUUGACGCCAGAAGACAUUCCUGUUGGAACAGCCGCGGUCAUGUUCUUUCAGACUCUGGGUGGCGCUAUCUUCAUUGCAGUAGGCCAGUCCGUUUUUCAGAAUGGUCUAAUAGCAGGCAUCUCCACCCAUACAACUGGUGUUGAUCCAAGCGCCAUAAUAGGGGCCGGAGCUACCGAGAUGAGGAAAGUUUUGAGUACCUUGGGUCACCUUGAUCAGCUGGAUGGCGUUAUCCAGGCUUAUAUGAGUGGACUGAGAGAUACUUAUCGCGUCAGCCUGGCUUUGAUGAUCGCGGCCUUUGUCGCCGCUUGCUUCCUCGAGUGGAAGAGUGUGAAAGCUGGUAGCAUAAGCCAAGAAAAUACUUCAACGACGGUUUCUUCAUGA